AUGUUCGUACAUAACAACGGAUCAAAAUGGAUUAAUGUUAAAAGUUUUGACGAUCAGGUGGACAGGAAAUGGCUAAAGGAUCAGUCGCCGGAUGAAGUCCAUCAUGUUGAGAUUCGCUUGAAAUGGGCAUGGUUUGUUGAGGAAUAUUAUCCGAAUAUGCUCCACUACCGACACUGUCAACAUAAACAUAAAUUAACUCAUUAUGAAUUAAAUAUGUCUUAA